GGAGGAAAUGGAUGAAUAUAGUGACCACUACUCGAGCUACUCGAGUGCCACCUUAUGCAAUAAUUACUAGUGACCCUGCCCCUCGAGAAUGGAUUACGAAAUUUUUGAAAACUACCUGCAGAUUAUGGAAUGGAUUUCAUAGAAGAAUGUAUGGAAAGCAACAGUUGUAUUAUCUGGAUCCAUUGAACUUACUCGACGAAGAACGGCUAGAAAAGGACUUUGAGAAAUUUGUGGAAGAAUGUGGCCUUAGUGAAGAGAGAAAAGCAGAUCUAAGAACCUAUACAAAAGAAAAGAAGUUGAUUCUGCUCAAUAAUCAGACGUUCCGAUCAGAAGAAGAUUGUGGAAAGUUUAUUUCGAUUCUGAGAGCCUACGAAAAAGACCCAGAAGAGCUGUUUGUUCCACCGGUGGAUAUUCUACAGGACGUCACAAUCACACUCAGGACACAGUGUUCCAGCUUUGUCCAACAAUUCGUUGAAGCCGAGGGCGUACACCUACUCACGAAGUUUCUACUUCGGUCCCAAGAAAAUCCAGGACUUCGUGCAGAGACCCUCUGUCUACUUGGGGCAUUUCGAGCACUUCUGAACUCUACGAAAGGGAGAGCAGCAGUUCUCGAAGAUCCGGAGGCAUUGCUGGCAAUUGCUCGAGCCAUUGAUAUCAACGACUGCAAGUGCAAGAUCGUUGCCGUCGAAAUUCUCUCCGGUCUUUGUUUCGUGCCCGAUGAUGGUCAUCGUCGAGUGUUGACUGCUCUCACACAGCUUGCACCAAUUCUCGGCGAACGAACUCGUUUCCAGACGCUUGUUAGCGAUUUACAUAAAAGGUUUCAUUCUGAAAGGGAAACCGAUCGUGCUCGAAUUGCAAUCAUUGGACUAAUAAACGCCCUGUUGAGAACGGGGCAUGCCGAGUCCUCGCUGGAAUUUCGAGUGCAUUUGCGCUGUGAAUUCUUAAUGUUGGGUAUGGCUCAAGCCGCUGCACUGAUGCGAGAAUCGGCAUCGAAUCAACUUCAAGACCACUUGGAUCUCUUCGAAAUGAUGAGAAAAGAGGACGAGAUUGUUUUGUCUGGUGGAAACUCCGAAGAUUCCGGAGCUUCAUCGCCGGUAAAUUUCGAAAGUGCCACGGGCAUUGCGGAAGCUCUACAGUCAAAGCUAAAGAACUCACCUGCUCAUCCGCAUUUCAUGUCACUCCUACAACAUCUAUUCAUGGUCCCCUCCGACGAAAAACACCUGCCACUUUGGCGACUUUUCGAUCUAAUCCUCCAACAUUUGACCCUUCACGCCACCGUCCAUGGUAUGACCGACGUUGAGGAAGCGUUCACAUCAACCAUCGACAUGGAGGACAUCCUUACAAGGUUGCAUACGCAAUGCGACUACGAACGUUUGGAAGGCGAGAUGGAACGAAUGAAGGAAGAGUUGGACCAGGAACGAAUGAGGGCAAUGGAAUUGGACAAUCGAAUAGCGGAUUUGAGUGAUGGACGAAACAGUAUGGUGAGCAGCAGGAUCUCCAACUCAUCUUCCCCGUCGGAUCCGUGCCCCUCAAUGUCAUCCUCGUCCCCACUUCCUCCGGUUUGUCCUCCUUCUGCUAUACCACCACCGCCUCCACCUCCGCUAGCGUUAGGUUUGAUGAAAGUUGAGGAGGCUCAAAAACGUGUCCCAAAGCCCGCUGGUCCAUUGAAAACCUUCAACUGGUUAAAGCUCAAUGAAGCCAAAGUCAAAGGGACGGCGUGGGAGUUUAUCGAGGAUGAGAAGAUGUACAAACAGCUCGAUCUAAGUGAUAUUGCCACAACUUUUGCUUCCUGCUCACAAAAAGAGGAUGAUGCAGAUUUUUAUAGUACAAUUUCUCGACGAAACAGGGAUGCUCAGGUCUCAGUGAUAGAUCCUAGACGAUAUCAGAACUGUACAAUAAUGCUUUCGAAGUUAAAACUUACUCAUCGUGAGAUUCGAACAGCUUUACUCGCCAUGGACGAUAAAGGGAAGUUACCGAAAGACAUGAUAGAACAGAUGCUUAAAUUCGUCCCGAGCAAGGAUGAGGUUACACUUUUGAAAAACACUGUCAAUCGUCAUGGAUCGCCAUCUGUAUUAGCUUUAGCGGAUCGAUACCUCUAUGAAAUGGCUCAAAUUCCACGAUUUGAACCCCGGCUACGCUCACUAUACAUCAUUCGAACAUUCCAAGAACGUUAUGACUGCCUCAUGCCUCAUAUUCAUAGUGUCAUCAGAGCUUCGUCUGCGUUGUCCCAUAGCAAAAAAUUUAAACAAUUACUUGCGCUCAUCCUUGCCAUUGGAAAUUAUCUCAACUAUGGAAAGCGUAGUGGCAAUGCAUAUGGAUUCGAUCUAUCCUCGCUGAAUCGUCUCACUGAUGUAAAAUUCUCCCAUCGGUCCGAUCGCAACCUCCUUCACUACAUCUUACAAAUGGUGGAUAAACGGUUUCCUGAACUUGGAAAGUUGAGACGAGAGUUGUCGGCUGUGUAUGACGCUUCUCGAUACAACCGCAGUGAUGUUUUGGCCGAAAUCCGCAGCCUAGAACAAUCCAUAGCUGCCGUUCGUACGGAGCUGGCCUUCGUACAAGAAGCGGCUCGUAAAGUGCAAUUACCAGAAGAGAAACCUGAAGACUGCAAGGGAGAUUGCUUUGAGACGGUAGCCAAGGAAUUCAUUGCUUCAGCAAGUGAACAAUUUCUUGUUUUGGACAAACUUCAUAGUGAAAUGAAGGCUAAGUUCGCAGCACUUGCCAAACAAUUUUGUUUCGAUUCGGUAAAUCCCGAGGAGCUGUUUGGUUGUUUGGCGAAAUUCCUUACGGCAUUUUCUGAUGCUCAGCAACAGUUAUGGGCCGAAUGUGAACACCAAGAACAAGUAAAACGACAAACUCUUGCAAGGGGCUACUUUGCAAAGAAAGUCUCCCGUCAACGAGACAGCGAUCGAGAUUUCGAUCAGCUGAUCAGUGCUCUUCAAUCCGGGGACUUGUUCAAGGAUGAUCUUAGCCGACUGCGAACUUCAUUCCGAGUACCGAAAAAUGGCAAAGUGAGGUGCUAAUGCGAUUUAUCGGCAACACUGACAGUCUCUGAUGGACCGGCAGGAAGUAGCUAAAUCAUGGGAUUGGAGAUCUUCCGGUGAUCUACAAAAUCUCCGAGAAGCCACACACAAUGCUGUGGCUCCUCAUUACGAACGAGUUCAAGUUUUAGAGUCAUUCUAGCUCAACAGAAAACGAUUGUAUUUACUGUACAUUUCACUAACUUCGCAGAUUUUACAUGUUUUUUUUUUUCGUGAUAUUUCACCCUUUAUAAGUGUUCGUC